UUGAUUAUAUUCUGUUUCAGAUAAAAUAUCUCACAAAGCGAGAGAUGGCGUUAAAAGCUCUAUCAAGUUUAUCGUCAAAUGAAUAUGAGACAUUUUUAAACUCAUUUGAUACUGUAUUGUCGGACUGUGAUGGUGUGUUGUGGCUGGAGAGUGAAGUGAUAAAAGGUUCUCCAGAAGUGAUUAAUAAAUUUAAAACGUCGGGUAAAAAGAUAUUUUACGUAACCAAUAACAGCACCAAAACGAGAGAUCAGUUUCUUGAUAAAUUCAAAAAGCUUGGAUUCAAUGCAACAAAGGAGGAAAUUAUCGGUACCGCAUAUUUGACAGCUCAAUACCUCUCCUCCCUGAACUUCAACAAGAAAGUCUACGUAGUUGGUUCGCCAGGAAUAGCAAAAGAGUUGGACAGUGUUGGUAUCAGGCACAUUGGAGUAGGGCCGGAACCAAUGCCCACGAGUCUGCCAGAACUGGUGGACAACUUGAACCUGGACCCUGAGGUAGGAGCUGUGGUCGUAGGAUUUGACAUUCACUUCAGUGUGCCCAAGGUGGUAAAAGCCACCUCUUACUUGGAAAGGAAAGGAUCUAUUUUUAUUGCAACAAAUACAGAUGAGCGGUAUCCUCUUGAUGUUGAAGGGAUCAUCAUGCCGGGCACUGGAGCGUACGUAGCAGCUGUACAGACCGCUGCAGAGAGAAAGCCUAUUAUCAUGGGCAAACCUGAAGCGUACAUCCGGGAGUAUCUGGUUAAUAAACAUAAAAUUAACCCAAGUAGAACUCUCAUGAUAGGAGACAGGUGCAAUUCGGAUAUUCUGCUGGGUAAGAGAUGCGGAUUCCAGACCCUGCUGGUGUUGACGGGGGUAACAGACAUAGAACAGGCGAAGGCGUGGAAGGAGUCAGCAGAUAAAGAUGAAAAUGCCCUUGUUCCUGAUUACUACACAAAUAGAUUAGGUGACCUGCUGGCUCAUCUGUAAAAACGUGCAAUUAUGUUACGUCAAGUAGAGUUAUAACUUGCUUUAGCUGCGGUAAAGCAAUGUUCAUGAUUUUUUACUGAACGUUAACAUAUUUUCUUGCCAUGUAGUAAGUCCAGAUCUGUUAAAACGGUAAUUAUACUAUAAUAUUUAUUUGUGGGGAGAGGAACCCUACCCAAAAAUAUAAAAUGGGGUUUUCUUUUAUUAAAUGUUUCAUAUGAAGCAAUUUUUAUAAAUGCUUUAAAAGUAAGAACCUUUUCCAUCCCAACUUUUCUUUCCCCAUCGGUAGUAAAGUUUUGUUAUACAAAAAUAUUUUUUUUGCAGCAUUGAAAUUUCUAGUCCGUGACAAAUACUGUUUUGGAAUAUUUAAAUCACUAAUACAGGUUAUUUUGUGAAAUGUUUCUUUAAUUUUUUUGGAAUUACAGUACAAAUAGUUUUUUAGUGUAUCUAUUUUAGAUACAUUUUCAAAUCCACAACUAUAUUAGUUGUAGAUGAAAUUAUUAGAAAAGAUUUAUUAAC